GAGAAGACUAGGAGCAAGUGCGCGGAGGUGCCGAGAUGAGAUGUCCCUGUACACGCAGUUAAUCCUUUUGCGAUGUUGAGAAAGAUGUCACAGAGAAGAUUAUCGGUGUUGUUUGUUGUCAUGGCAAUAGACGCUGUCGGAUCCGCCAUAGUGUGGAGGACGGUGUUCAUGAUGAAGACAAACAGCGUCAUCACCCCGAGUCAGCUAUUCGACAACGUGGGCGGACUCGCCCCUACCACAUCCCUCACAAGUUACUCUUCCGUGUUUGACCUCGCUGCGGCCCACGAUGAGUUCAGAAGCGACGCCAUCGACAACUGGGAGAUCGAAAAUAAAACUGUUGUAAGGCUGUCGGUGUUCAACCUGCACGGCGACGUCAUGUGGUACACCGACCUAGACGGACUCGGCAGUAACCUCAUCAACUGGAACAGAGCGAGCCGUUUUGAAGGCAGUUCCGACCGAAAAAUGGCGGAAAACCAAGACCGCCUGCAGAUCACCUUCAACACGUCUGGGGUGUUUGUGAACCGACCUGACGACAACAUGGGGUGGUUGUGGAUGGAGCAGAUCGCAGAUCACCAGCGGAUCCUCAUCACAAACACAGGCCCUAAAGCCUACCCCACAAGCUUCAUACCAAAAAGCAACUCGGUCCAGGUUGCAGAAAACCGAAACAACCCGACACUUAACUUCACAUUUGCAGCAGGAAACUCCAUUUCUUGGGGGUUCGCCUGGUCCUUUGCUGGCUACGUGGUGGGGUUUUCCCUACAGAGGACGUCAUCCGGUCACCUGACGGAGUUCAGACUCGCCUACAGCGACGAGGACGGAUGUCUCGCCAAGUACCCGGAUGCGUACACAACAUACAAGGACGAUACUGGGACAGAGAAGGUGUUCCUCCCCGUGUACAACAGUGACGUGGCCGAAUUUCCCUCCGUCACCUUCUAUGCCAAAUGUAUACGCAUCUCCAAAAAUAAUGGAAUAGGCCAACCUGCAAUUAUAUUUCCGAUUUAUUUGUCGAAAGAGACCUAUGUGGAAGGUGCAAUGUUUGGGAUACAGUGGGGCAGAGACGCUGAAGAGAACCCACUGAGGGAUGCAUUAAAUGAGAUUGAGGAGGAGCUAACAGUUGACAAGACUGAGACAGCCCAGUACAAGAGUAAGUUCACCAGCGCCGUAGACAACCGAGGCUCAGUCGUCGUAUUCGGAGUCGCAGGCAUCAUCGUAUUUCUCAUGAUCAUCCUCGGCAUCGUUCUCCUCGACCUGUCAACAUUGUCCAGGCAGAUGCGGUUCAUGAAGAGAAAUUUCGGCGACUUUAAGAAGUUGCUUCGUCAUUUGCACUACAUGUACAGAAGCAAGGCCGUGUUUCGUGGAGGUACAAAGAAGACAACGCCGCGCAAGGUUGACGUGAAACAAGUCAAGGUUGACAUAAUUCAGGGAUCAGGGUCGGGAACAACUGUCAAAAACAUAGCGGCAACAUCCUCAUCGAACACAUCCGGCAUGAAAUCGAAACCAGGGAAAACUGGGGUUAAAAAGUCAAAGUUCAAGAAGAGCGUGAAGAACAUAAUCACCAAGAAGAAGACUCCGGUGACACUAACUAAGAUAUCAGAAUGAACCACUCGGCACUUUUCGAUCUUUUCCGUCGCUUUCGUAAGGCAUAAAUAGGCCCAUUCAUCACCACUCGCCUAUGUCUUGCAUUAAAAAAUAUACGGUAACCCAAGACACAUGAAUGUUUUCAAUCAUACUGUUUAAUACUGCUAGUCCCGAUGUGUUUUCAAUAGCAUCUGGAAUAUACAUAUGACAUAUGGGGAAAAUAUACCUGAAUCAUCACGCAACGAGUUGACAAUUCUUCUAGCUAUGCGCGUUUGCGCUUAGACUGAACCCAGUCGCCACGAAAGGGGUAUGAGUCGCUAUUCGGUUUGUCCCGGAAGAACACGAGUUGGUCACGAAUGAAAUGGGUCUGGUUAUGUGUCAAGGCUAUUUACGCCGGGUACGUUUGAUGUUUGUCCAUGUUGUGGAUCGUGAAUACCUUUCGUUAGCUGUUUGUGCCGUAUAAGACAUUCCGUUGUUGUGUCGUCAUGAAAUGUGUAUUUUCGUGACGCGCAUUCCGUGUUCUAGUGACCAGUUGUCAUGGAAACUCAUGCAUGAAUUACGUCUGUUUAUACAUUCCCGUACAUGGCAUUCUUGACUACCUGUGGAAACACGAGCCAAGAAACCGGUGAAAACAAAAUGAUAAUAUUCAUGACAAUAAUAACUGACGAAUCACAAUAAACUACGACUAAGAA